AGGGCAUGCAGAGAGUUCAACCAUAUCAACUUCCCAUGUUCCUAUGACUUCAUCAUCAAUCAAAACACCACAUACUACCAACACACCGACAACCACAACAUCGACCACCACACCAACGACCACCACACUGACAACCAACACACGGACGACCACCACACCGACAACCACCACGCUGACGACCAACACGCCGAUGACCACCACACUGACAACCACACCAACUACCACCACACCGACUACCACCACACCGACUACCACAACGCCGACAACCACCAAGCCAACCACACCAGUAACCACCACACCGUCAACCACCACACCGACUACUACCACAUCGACAACCACCACACCGACUACCACCACACCGACAACCACCACACCGUCAACCACCACACCGACUACUACCACAUCGACAACCACCACACCGACUACCACAAUGCCGACAACCACCAAGCCAACCACACCAGUAACCAACACACCGUCAACCACCACACCGACUACUACCACAUCGACAACCACCACACCGACUACCACAAUGCCGACAACCACCACACUGACAACCACCACACCAACUACCACCACACAGACAACCACCACACAGACAACCACCCCACCGACAACCACCACACCAACAACCACCACACCAACUACCACCACACCGACUACCACCACACCGACAACCACCACACCGACUACUACCACAUCGACAACCACCACACCGACUACCACCACACCGACAACCACCACACUGACUACCACCACGCCAACAACCACCACACCGACUACCACCACACCUAGAUCUACAACAGUUGAUGUGGGCCAGCCAGAG